AUGGCAAGGUGCCCCAAACAGAGGAAAAAAGCCGUCAUUGCGGCAGUGUCCGCAUAUUUGGAGCUCUUGUUCAAUUUCAUCAAUCUCCUUCUACGAUAUUAUGAGGCAUUAGAAUCUGAACACGAGCAGGCCGUAGAACAUGUUUCAUCUUGGGAGACACCAAUUGCUAGACAAUUAGCUAGGAAUUCUUUUAUGCGGUGUAUCGUUUCUCAUGGCGACAUAUCUUGCACCAUGCUUGUUCGAAUGAAUUGUAGGACUUUUCAGAAGCUUUGUAUGCUUCUUAGAGAUGAGGGAGGACUUAGGUGUAGUUGGAACAUUGAGAUAGAUGAAAUGGUUGCGAUCUUCCUCUACACCAUAGCCCAUAAUGAGAAGAAUCGUCAACUGCAAGCUACCUUCCGCCGUUCAGGAGAAACAAUUUGUAGGGUGAUCAAAUUGGUCCUGCGUUCGGUUUUGAAACUUCACUCUAUCCUACUUCGUAAACCCAAGCCGGUUCUCCAUAAUUCUGACGAUCCGAAAAUGGAAGCACUUCAAGAAUUGCCUAGGGGCUCUAGAUGGUACAAUUGUCAAUGUGUUGUUGAUCAAAAUAUGGAGUUCAUUUAUUGUUUGGCUGGUUGGGAGGGGUCGGCUCAUGAUGGGAGGGUUUUGAGAGAUGCACUUAUUAGGCCCAAUGGUUUGAAGGUUCCUAGAGGUUACUACUACUUAUGUGAUGCUGGUUACAGCAAUUGCGAAGGGUUCCUAUCUCCUUUUCGAGGUCAACGUUAUCAUCUAAAAGAGUGGGGUGGUAGACGACCAAGAAGUCCUGAAGAAAUUUUUAAUAUGAGGCAUUCAACAGCAAGGAAUGGUGUAGAACGAGCUUUUGGCAUACUGAAGAUGCGUUGGGCAAUAUUGAGAGAAACCACUUGGUUUUCAACCAAAAUGGUCACAAAAAUCGUCAAUGCCUGUUGUCUGUUGCACAACUUCAUUCGUGGAGAGAAUGGUGCUGAUGUGUUUGAGCGUUUGUACGUUGAUGAAGACCCAGAUGAAGAAACAGAAGAUGUGGACGAGGAUCUGAUACUCCAUAUUCAACCUACAGUCGAGUGGUCAGAUUUUAGACAAAAUUUGGCUCAAGAGUUAUGGGCUGCUAGGAGUUGGAUUACUAGUUGA